UUGGCAGAGAAGGGGUGGCAGGAGCAGCAGCACCAUGGCUCCCAAAAAGGCAAAGAAGAAGAUAGAAGGUGGUUCCAAUGUGUUCUCUAUGUUUGAACAAACCCAGAUCCAGGAGUUCAAAGAGGCUUUUACCAUCAUGGAUCAGAACAGGGACGGCUUCAUUGACAAAGCAGACUUGAGAGACACGUUUGCUGCUCUAGGUCGUCUGAAUGUCAAGAAUGAAGAGCUUGAAGACAUGGUGAAGGAGGCGCCAGGUCCUAUUAACUUCACUGUCUUCCUUACUAUGUUUGGGGAAAAGCUGAAAGGCACGGACCCAGAAGAAACCAUUCUGAAUGCUUUUAAGAUUUUCGACCCAGAAGGAAAAGGCCGCAUAAAGGCAGACUACAUCAAAGAAAUGCUGAUGACACAGGCAGACCGGUUCAGUCAAGAGGAGAUCAACCAGAUGUUUGCUGCCUUCCCUCCAGAUGUCUCUGGUAACCUUGACUAUAAGAACCUCUGUUAUGUUAUCACCCAUGGUGAGGAGAAGGACUAAGAGCAGAGAGAUGAGCUUCUCCUGUGGUGCUCACCAAGUUAUUUCAUAAUGCCUUUGUGUGCAAGACAAAGGGCUAAACAUCCAGUAUGUGAAGCCAUGUGGUCAUCAGAAGAGAACCAAUAAAACAACUGAAAUUAGAUUAAAGUUAUUUAAUGCUCCUGGUUUUAUGAAAUAUCAAAACACCGAUUUUGUGAGGGUUUUUUUUCCCCCAUCCUUUUUAUUCUCCCUGUCAGUGGUUUGAAAUGGAAUUUUCUUGAUGAACUGGUGCUUUUGUGAUUUAUUGACAAACCUAAUGUUCACCAGAUGGUCCACUGGGCACUGCAGUGUUGCUUAACCUCUUGUCUUUUAUACAUAAGCUCCACGUAUUAAUUGAGAAAUCCUCCAACUUAUUGCACCAGGAAGAAUAUCUGGCAAAUAGAAUUAUGUUCCAUUUCA